AUGAAUCCUGCAACAAUAGAGAUCAAAGUCGAUAACAAAUCCAAUGACAUUAAUGACGAAAAUGACGACGCCUUCUCCCUCCGUGACCUUCAAAUGUACGACAACACCAACGCCAGUUCCACCCACAGCAGCCCUAGAACUUCAUCUGGCCAAGAACUAUUCGAGUUCUUCCACACUCUGUCAAAUCCACCUGAAACUGUAGACAUUGUGUUCUGCGGUAAAGUUAUUCCUGGUUUGGUUGGUAAAGGCAACGAUGAUCACUUUACACUUGUUAGAUCGCCAUCGUCGAGGUUGCCUGACCCGCCUGCAGUCAAGCACGCGAUCCCGAUGCGAUCCGCGUCGUUCUCGACGUCGGUGAAGAAAAUGAAUAUCACUUCGCUGACGUCGAUGUCUUCCAAGUCCAGGCGGAGGAUGUUUAUGUUUGGGCCGGUAAAGUUUUUGCCGGAGAUGGAGAUGAGCGCGAUAAGGGAGAGACAGGGACGUCGUGCUCCGUCGCAAAUGUUCCCGGUGGCGGAAGGUGGUGGUAAGGAGACGACGGUUAAAGUGACUGCCGGGCGGCAUAAGAAUCAGAGGGAUGCAGUAAAGAGAUUGACGUGCAGGGCCCGCCUGAAUACGGUGUUUGAAAGGUCGCUUGCUUGUCUUCGGCUUUGA